AUGAGAGCUACUCCAACCUCUCUUAUCGGCAUUGCCUUACUUUUCGGGCUCGCGAACGCCCAGAGUCCCUACGACAAAACUUGCAAUCCACCCCCCGCGGGGGAUCAGGAUGUUGAGACUGGUGUUGUGGCUACCUACGGCUGCGGAGAGAUCCAUAACAUGGGCGACUACGCUCAUGUGCAAAGCACUGUCGCAACGCCCGAGGACUGUGCCACCGAAUGCGCCAAAAGGACUCCUGAGGGUCCUUGCAGCUGGCACGGUGGUACAUGCUACUUGUACAAUGCGGGUGCGGGUGCUGCGCCCUGGUCUGACGCGGUCACAAUAAUGACAAGGAAGGACUGGGAUAAGCUUAAGGUGGCUUAUGAUAAAUGUCAGACAGACAAGGCGGUGACUAGUGCUCAACUCACAGCUUGUCAGGCAGCCAAGGUCCCUGGUGGACCUCCUUCUGGUGGGCCUCCGUCUGGCGGGCCUCCUUCUGGUGGGCCUCCGUCUGGCGGGCCUCCUUCUGGUGGGCCUCCGUCUGGCGGGCCUCCUUCUGGUGGGCCUCCGUCUGGCGGGCCUCCGUCUGGCGGGCCUCCGUCUGGCGGGCCUCCGUCUGGCGGGCCUCCGUCUGGCGGGCCUCCGUCUGGCGGGCCUCCUUCUGGCGGGCCUCCUUCUGGUGGUGGAUCUACCCCAGUUGUCCAUCGGCAGCUGGCACCUGGCCAAUGCCCACCAGAUGAUGGACGCGAGCGUACAGUCGAUGGCGUUACUUACACUGUCAUGUGCAAGAAAGCGUAUUCGACUGGUGUUCCUAAGCAUCUGGACAACGUGACUGAAGAAUAUUGCGUGAAGGCAUGCUCUUCAGACUCCACCUGUCAGGGUGCAAACUUCAAUACCGACACCAACAACUGCGAAUUGCAUUCAUCUUGGGACGGCCAGCCAAAAUACACAGGUGACGUUACCUACUGGAUUGCGUAUCGCCCUAUUCAGAAGCGCUGA